UUUUUUUUUUAGCUACCGCAGGAACUCGGAACCGAGGCUUCAAAGGCCACAGUGUCGAAAGUGUAAAGUCGCCUUGUAAUAUCCGAAGCCAUGGAUGCAUGGGUUCGCUUCAGCGCCCAGAGUCAGGCUAAGGAGCGGAUAUUCAGCUCAGACAAAAUUGACGUCGUAUCUAAACAAUCGGAGGUAAAUCCAGCCAAUCAUUUUCAGGGCUGCUCAGUAUACAUGCACUUUGCUUGGCUAUACUCUUCAGAAGAAUGGUGCAAAUCCGGACCUGGUUUCCAAAAUUAAGCAACUGGAGGCACAUAUGAGUCUGGGACGCAAAUUGUUUCGCUUGGGGAAUUCCACUGAUGCUUUAGAGGCGGCAAAGCGAGCUAUACAUCUAUCUGACAGUAUCCUGCGCUUUUGCAUCACUGUCAGUCAUCUUAACCGGGCUUUGUACUUUGCCUGUGACAACAUUCUAUGGGCCGGCAAGGCUGGCGUUGUCUCGAAGUUGGACCAGGAGAAAUGGAGCCAACGGUCUUUCAGGUACUACUUAUUUGCCUUGAUCCUGAACUUGAGCCGUGAUGCAUAUGAGAUCAGCAUUUUGAUGGAACGAGAUGCUCGUGGCCAGAAGGCAAGCUACAGUGGCAGUCCUGUCAGAGAAAAUGGAGAAACCAUACUUUCAUGUUCUAGGGGAUCUGUUGGUGUCGGUGAUUUAUCUCUUCGCAUUCGUGCACAGCUUUUCUUGCUGAUACGAAUUCUUAGGUGUAACCCACCAUUACUUCUGGACCUACUGAAAAACAUCUGUGACAUUUUCAUUCCUUUGGACAAGCUUGGCUUAUAUAGAACAAACCCAGGCUUCAUUGGGGCUUGUGGACUUGCCUCGUCUGUCCUGUCUAUUCUUACUAUUACAUAUCCCUGGCUCAAGCUGAAACCCUGAUAUGAUUUAUGGAAAGAAACAGAUAAAAAUGAAAUGAUGAAAUUAUUGAAGUAAAUUGAGAUUUUAGCAUUUUUUGGUUUGUUUUUGUUUAUGAAAAUCAGCAUAAAAUACAUGGAAAUUAAAAGACUGAUAAGUCCUGUUGAACUUCUCCAGAUACCUUCUUUUAAUUAUAUGAGAUAACAAAUACAGUACAUGUGUCAAGAAGUCAUAUAUUUGAAUUGUGAUUCUGCAUCAUUUCUUCAUCAAACUGAAUAUUAUUCCAUAAUAACUAGUUCAUCUGAGUUUGCCAUUAAUUUCCUUUAGUACAUCCCUACUUUAAGUUAUAGUGUUGUAUCAGUAUACAGCUACUGUAAAUAAUGCUUUUGGAUUCAAAGCCAGAUACUGUAGUUGGUGUCAUAGCUGAGUGAGUGAUGAAUUUGGUGCACCUGUUUCACUUUUAAAUAUAGUUUGGUUUUCCAGUCAGAUAUUCUUUGGAUAUGGCUUUACCUUGUGCAUCUGCUUCUACUCAUGAAAGAAAUGUUCAGUUUUUGUUUGUCUGGGUCUUUAUGGAUAUGAAAACAAACACCUGCACAUUUUAUUUUUUGUUAAAUAAAACAGUAUUGUGCUCUUUUGUUAUUAGCAGAAAUUUCAUGUAUUGAAAUUUCAGCUUUAUGAUGAUCCAUGAAAAUUUCUCUGCCAUUAAAGAUUUUCUGUGUUAUUCAUACUCAAUCAAGAGUGGUGCCAGAAAUGCCCAUUUUUUCUUUUUUUAAUAAUAUUCUUUAAGCUAGACUCAUUUGCCUAAUUUGGUGUUAUUUUAGAACCCAACUUUCAUUUUCCUUCCUACACUCACUAAAUGUUUUAACUUCAGAGCAAAAAAAUACAGACUCUUUUAAGAACAUGCAGUGGAAUUGUGUGCAACUCAGGGGUGUUUGUUUACAGAUUAGGUUCUGGCUCCCAUGAUCCUGGUAACCUCUUUUAAAAAUGAUCAGUCAUCCUCUUAAUAAAAUAUUUUUGGAUGAAAAUCUUUA